UAAGUUGGCUGAUUCUGGCAGCAAGACAAAUCUAGCACCACACAGCAGGCAGGAAGAGAAUGCACUGCUCAUCCUUUCGGUUUUGUCAGUGUAUGGGAAUGCUGGACAUCAACACACAGCGAGGGAUUCGGCCGAAAGCACUCCUCCUCGGCAUCUGAGCCCUGCUGCCCUCAUCCCCUUUUGGAAGAUACAGAUGUCAGAAGCCAAGACAGACAAGGGAAAAGUCAAACCAGCAGAAAGUUUUGAAAAUGACAAGCAAAAUAUUUCUUGGCUGAAGAAAGAACUGGACAAACCCAUCCUCCAGCCCCAUGGAGACUCAGACAGCUGCACCAGCUCCCUGCCUCUCCCAGUUCUCCAUGAGGUGAUGCUGAGCAGUGAGGAUCACCCAGAAAACCAGCUUACAAAUGAAAAACAUACAGAUGAAAAGACUGUGAAAGGUAUUGUUAUGAGUUCUGUCGCAGAAUUUAGCAUGGCAGACACUUCAUCAAAAGAAACCAAAAAUGAGAAGAAAUUGUCAGAAGCAAGCAGAUCAUCCAUUGCUUCCUUGGAGAAAUGCAGAGAAUUCACCUACAUUGAAGAUGAUGCAUCAGUUCAUCAGAGAGACAGUGAUGAUGAAUGUGCAACACUUAUCCUGGCCUGCUUGUUCUGCCAAUUUUGGGACUUUCUUAUAAUGCUGCCUGAUACCUGUGAACACUGGCUGAUAGAUACCUGUUGUCCAUCCAAUAGAUACUACCAGACCUCCGAUGAAGACCACUCCAACAAUGACUGCAACUGUGACUGUGACAUUGAUUGCAGCCUCUUUGAGUCCUGCCACGAGACUGGCGAAUGCCUGGAACUUGCCAUGGAGAUUUCUGAAGUCUGCUAUCGCUAA